CACUCCCGCCGCUGACAUGAGAGGCUUCACGCUGAACAACGUGUGCCACUGUGGCUUAUUUGCUUGUCUUGUCCUCUUUUCUUUCAUGUCUUUCACCGCCGCGGUCAGUUUCGACCUGUCCGAGCUUCGGAAUAAAGUCGCAAAAAUCAAAAUGAAUCCAAGAGGCAAUCUUUGGGCAACAGGACAUUUCAUGGGCAAGAAGAGCGUGAUGGACGCGCCCCCCCUGCUGCCUCCGGCUCGGGGCCCGGACGCCGACGCGCUGGAGCUCAGCCUCCCCGUGGAGCAGAGCGCGCUCCUGGAGCUCUUUCACGAGUUCCUGCGGGUGGCGGCGUUUCAAGCGCAGGUGGACACGCGAGAGAGCCGCACGAGCAAUCAGGAGGCGGACAUGCUGAUAAAGAUUUUAGAGAGCGACUACCAAAGCCGAAAGUGACAUAGCUGGAUGUCGGUCACGCACGUGAACACGCGGAUUCCAGGUCAUCAACAACACAUCUAGAUUCGACGCAGCCAAUAUAGUCUCCUGCUCAUUAUGAUUGUAAUUUACUGUGACUGACGUCAUGCUCUUCAGCCGUUUACAAUACACGUAACGUUUUUUUUUCUUCUUUUCCCCCCAAUUUAUUUUGAUGAUAUUUCACAUUGUCUUGUACGUUGAAAAUUAUUU